AUGUUGAAAUGCAUUCAUCACUUUGGCUAUAACUACAUCGUGACGUAGUAGGUUGAUCGAACAGGUUAUAAGCCCACGAGCUACCAGCCCCGCCGCUUGAGGCUUUUUCGCUCGAGCCCAGCCUCGAGCCGCACACGUCCAUCGCACCAUCACAUCAUGGACAGCUCUCCGCCUCGCCUUUGGCCCCCAGGGAUCCCAGCUCCCCUGAAUCUUCGAUCGGCGAACAAAUCGCCACUCUACAGGCCCAGCUUGCCGCUCUGCAGGCCUCGCAACCCGCCGCCGCCGCAGCCGCCGCACCCCCGGCCGUCACCGUCGUGCGGGGAACGCCGCCACCGCAUCCAAGGUCGUGUUUCCCAAGCACGCUCGUCUGGACGGCCCCAAGUCGUUCACCAACUGUUGCGUCAACUCCGUCUUGCACUCCCGAACCAGGUUCGUGGUUACGUUCUCGACGGUGUCGUUCCCCCGACCUGGACCGCCGACCAGCUUGCCGCACGUGACGACGCCGCCCGGGAAAUCAUCGUUGGCUCUAUCGACUCCGCCGACGUAUCGCCACCCUCGACGCCAUCCCCAGCGACGACCUGUCGGCACCGCGCAUCUUUGCCGCUCUCAAGGCUCGUUUUGCACCGGACGACGCUACACGCACUCUCGAGUUGUUCGCUCGCCUUUGGGACUUCAGGAAGAUGCCUGCCUCCGUCGAGGCCUACGACACUUGGCUACGCGAGUACAUGUCGAUUGCUCAGGAAAUACGCGACGCCAAACAUCGCUCAACGACUGCUCGCCACCACGUGCUCGCCAUGGUCCCGUCUGCCUCGACAGCUUCCGACUCACGUUCACGGACGAGCAGCGAAACCGACGCGACCUUCCGAACUCACGACGCUUACGGACCGCAUUCGCAUCCAGCUUCGUUCGGCAGGACUCUCGACCUCGCAUUCGGCCAUGCUUGCCACCAGCUCCCCCUGCCCCGCCUGCCGCGCUCCCGGUCACCGCCUGCGCGACUGCACUUCACGUGCGAAGCACCCGCCCACCGGCCCUGCCGCCGAUGCCAAAGAAAGGUCACUGGGCACUCGACUGCAAGAACCGGGGUGAACAGGCACGUAGCAGCGACGACACCCAGGACGACACGUCUUCCUCCGCGGCCUCGCAACCGAACGUCGGCUAUUUCGCCUCCUGCCUCUUCGCUCGUCGCCAACUCCCAACUGACGCCUUUGUAGUCGAUUCGGGUGCCACGACACACAUGGUCGCCGACCGAUCUCUAUUCACGACUUAUCGUCAGACGGCACACACCAAGAUCGGCGGCAUCGCGGGCGGCAUCACGGCUAUCGGCAUGGGGGACGUGGCAUUCGUCGCCAAGACUGGACACCCGAUCACGCUCCGUGGUGUUCUUCACACGCCUGGCCUACACGUCAACCUCCUCUCUGUCUCUCGCCUCUGCGACACCGACCGCGUUCGUCUCGCCUUCACCAGCGACGGCAUCGACAUCGCCAAGGACGGCCGGGCCAUUGCUCACGGUACCAGGGUCAACGACGGUCUUUACCUUUUGGACGCGGAUCACACCAAGUGUCAGCAUCUUGCCUUCCUCUCACGCUCUGAGUCUCCCGUGCCCCUGCUUACCCUACACCGCUGCCUCGGCCAUCUUGCCCCAUCCUCUAUACAGAAGAUGAUUGCUGCAGGUUUGCUGGACGGGUUUGGGGCCGGGUACAGUGACAAAGACGUAGAGGAGUUUGUUUGCAAUGCUUGCCUUGGUUCCAAAGGUCACCGCCUUCCCUUUCCCGACUCUGAGUCGCAUUCCGCCGAGAGACUUGGCCUCGUGCACAGCGACGUCCUGUCGUUCCCCACUCCGUCCUUGACCGGGAAGCGCUACCUUGUCACGUUUCUAGACGACCACUCUCGCAAACUCUGGGCAUAUGCGAUCGAUCACAAAAGCGAUGUUUUCCCGACCUUCCAGACUUGGCUCGCCGAAGUGGAGUUAGAGACGAACGCGCGGUUGAGGAUCCUUCGAACCGACAAUGGCGGGGAGUAUGAGAUGAUCACCACUACUGUCAGGAGAAGUCGAGAGUCGAACAGAAGUGAUCUAUUUCAGCGUACCUAUGAGAUGAUCACCACUACUGUCAGGAGAAGUCGAGAGUCGAACAGAAGUGAUGAGAAGGAAGCUAAGAAAUGGAAAGGUGGCCCGCGCUGGGAUAUGCCCAGGCGCGGGCGAAAUCGCUGGAGCGCUGAGGCAGUCGCGCGCGGCUAA